AUGACAGAUCCAUAUGCAUGUCUUAGAGCAUCUUCGAUAUGUGUUGCUGGUUGGAGUAUUUUAUUUUGUUUAAUUCAAUAUGGUGUUCUUGGAUGGCAAGUAAGUUAUGUAAGAGGAUUAACAUGGGAAUAUGAAAAUAGACAAGUUCCAUUUAAUCAUGGUUUGGAUGGUUUUGCUGCACGUUUUCCUGGACUUUAUGCUUUGUAUACAGAAACACCUGAAAGAAGACGUGUUAAUGCAUUAUUUACAAUUGUCGUAAUAUGUCUUGGUCUCAAUUUUAUUCAUAUUUUUGCUUCUAUUUCAUUACUUUAUGGAACUAUUAAAAGAUGUCCUGCUGCUAUAUGGCCAUGGUUUUGUUCUGUUAUACCAAAUAUAAUGCUGACAACUGCUUAUGCUGUAUUGUGGUGGUCAGGUGAUGUAUUUAAUGAACAGCUAACAAUGAGUGUUGCUGAGUUCGUAAUGUCAAUAGGUAUAAAUUCAAUUUGUUUUGCUAUUGUUCUUUUUUAUUACUUUCGAAUAGCUGGUACAUUUACUUCAGCAAUUCCAGCUGGUUUUGAAUCUAGACCAGAAUCUAGACAUUUUUCAAGACCACCAUCACAAAAAGGUUAUCGAAAACAUGAUCCACAUUAUAGAUCUUCAUCAAAAGAACGUCCAUUUUUUGCUGAUUGGCAACUUAAUGAUGGUCAAAGACAAGAAUAUCCUAAAGGAUCUGUACCACCAUGGAGAACACAAUGGGAUUCAGAACCACCAAAACCAUUUAUUAGACAAUAUAGAGAUAGUAAAAGAAAAUAUGAAAGACAACAAUCAAGAUCUAAAGAACGAGCUAGAAAUAAAAGUUUAUCUCCAACAAGACCACAAAGUCGUCCCCAAUCAAGAGCGCAUUACAAAUGUAUUCCAUUAGCUUAUCAUCCUGAUGAAUUACAAAGAAUGAGAAGUAAAAGUGCAAGUCAAUUGUAUCGAGGACAUUACCAAAGGCAAACAGAUAUCUAA